AUGCACCACGGCUACCUGGCCCACGUGAUGAAGGUCUUCGAGGAGGUGGGCUACGAGGUGAUCGCCUCCACCCGGCCACCGCCCCGCUGGGACGUCCUCUGGUCGCACGACUACCCCUUCAGCGCCUCCUUCAACCUGCCCCAGCUGAGCCCGCUGCAGAAGGUAAAUCACUUUCCCGGCUCCGGCUUCAUCACCAACAAACUCAACCUGGCCACCUCGGGACUGAAGUACGUGCCCAAGGCCUUCAAUCUGCCCCGAGAGGCGGAGGGCUUUCUGCAGUACGCCAGAGAGCACCCCGCCAAGAUGUGGGUGCAGAAGGACAACAACCACCGGGGCAUUCGGGUGGUGAGCACCGAGCAGAUUGACCUGGCGCAGACGGGCACCUUUGUCCAGGAGUACAUCGACCGGCCGCUGCUCAUUGACGGCAAAAAGUUCGACAUUGGCCUGUACGUGACGAUGACCUCGCUGAAUCCGCUUCGAGUGUACGUCUACGACAAUGACGCCCUGCUGCGCUUCUGUGCCGAGCCCUACCCGGUGCCCUCCUUCAACGCCUCCCUCCUCGACGGCUACGUCGUCGGCGACCGGUACACGCCCGUCUGGCUGAUGCCCUCCCUGGCGCCCUACUUUGUCGGCCAGCAGCUGAACAGCAAACACUCCCUCAACGCCUACAUCACCGCCGUCCUGGGCAAGGACCCGGCGCUGGUGUGGUCGCAGAUGGAGGAGUCGAUUCGCACCAUCUACCAGAUGAUGGAGGGGAAGAUGGGCCAGCUGGCGGAGAUGUACCCGCACAAGAGCACCAACUUCUUCGAGAUGGUCCGCUUCGACUUUACGCUGGACGCCGACCUGCAGGUCUACCUGAUGGAGGCGAACAUGUCGCCCAAUAUGGCCUCCGCCAAGUACCCGCCCAACCGGGAGAUCUACGAGCCGGUGCUCUACUCGCUCCUCUCUCUCACCGGACUGACCAGGCUGCCCGGGCAAACGAGGGCCCGAGACUGGGACCGAAUGCCCUCGGGGGCGACCCGGUGGGACAUGCUCCUCCUGGAGCGCGACCUCUCCGUCCUCCCGGAGAUCUGCAGCUCGGCCAAGUGCCACACUGGCAACCUGACCGGUGAGGAUGGUGGCCUGUUGUUGGACAGUGCCUGCUCCACCGUGGACGAGUGCGACAUCUGCAGCCACUGUCUGAGCGGGCCGCUGAAGGCAGUUCUGAAGGCGUCCUACCUGGAGGAGCUGAGUCGGUGGCACAACCGCCGUCUGCUGCCGAGCACCAGCAUCGAGCCGCCGCCCAGCGACCUGGUGGCGCCCACCAUCAGCAAUUACCUGCUGGAGAAGUGGUUCAUCGGCAAGUGCCUCCUCGAUGGCCGCUGGUGCAACUAG